ACCAUUUUGAAUAAACUUCUUUGUAGGUUUGAAUUUGUUGUCAUAUUUUGACCAAUAUCGGGUUUAUCAUUUGGGAAUUCGGAAAACAACUCUGUGCUGGACAAAGGGUUGUGUGCUGUCCUGUUGUCACCAUGGAAGGAGAAACAAGUCAACCAGAAAAGAAACAAAAGAAAGUUGAGAAAAAGAAUAAUUCAUUACCUCUGUGGGGCAAUGAAAAGACAAUGAAUUUAAAUCCGCUGAUUUUGACAAAUAUUCAGUCGUCUCCGUAUUUCAAAAAUGAGUUGUUUAAGUUGAAGACUUACCAUGAAGUGAUAGAUGAAAUAUACUACAAGGUGGGCCAUUUGGAACCCUGGGAGAAAGGAAGUCGACAGACAGCAGGACAGACCGGCAUGUGUGGUGGGGUUAGAGGUGUUGGUACUGGUGGGAUAGUGUCAUCUGCAUUUUGUUUAUUAUAUAAGCUGUUUACAUUGAAGUUAACGCGUAAACAGGUGAAUGGCCUCAUCACACACAUUGAUUCACCUUAUAUAAGAGCCUUAGGAUAUAUGUAUAUAAGAUAUACGCAACCACCUGGUGACUUGUUUGAUUGGUAUGAUGAAUAUUUAAAUGAUGAAGAGGAGCUUGAUGUGAAAGCUGGUGGUGGAUGUGUUAUGACUAUUGGUGAAAUGUUAAGAUGUUUUCUCACAAAAUUGGAAUGGUUUUCAACAUUAUUCCCUCGUAUUCCAGUACCUAUUGUGAAGGAUAUAGAGAGACGAAUACCACCAAGAAAACAAGCAUCAACCAGUAGUAGUGCAGCAAAAGCUGAGAAACGAGAUGAACAUAUACCAGAUAAAGAUGUCCAAUGGGGUGAAGCUGAGCGUAUGGCAGCCAAGGAAAGAGAACGGGACAGGGAAACAAAAAAAAGGAGCAGGUCACCUGUGAAGCCAAGGAAUGAAAAAAGGCAUAGCAGAUCUCCUCAUUCAAACCGUAGAGAAAGCAGACGAUCAUCGAGUCAUCAUAGGUCCAGCAGAAGGGAGGAAUCUGACUUUGCAACUGCCUUGGAACGAGAGAGAGAAAGACAAAAGCGAGAUCAAGAAAAAAGACCUGGUCACAGUCCAUACCGUGAGAGGUAUAGGAGCAGAAGUCGAGAGAGGCAACAAAGUCGGAGCAGAGAGCAAAGGAGAAGUCGGAGCAGAGAGCAAAGAAGAAGUCGGAGCAGAGAGCAAAGGAGAAGUCGGAGCAGAGAGCAAAGGAGAAGUCAGAGCAGAGAGCAAAGGAGAAGUCAGAGCAGAGAGCGAAGGAGAAGUCGGAGCAGGGAUAGAAAAAGUCACAGUAGUCGACAACACAGGGAUAGAAGACCUAAAAGUAAUAGCAAAGACAGAUCUGAUUGGGAUAGACAUUAUGAAAGGAAACGUGGUAAUAGCAGGGACAGAUCUGAUCGGGUCAGACAUGAGAGGAGACGUAGUAAUAGCAGGGACAGAUCUGAUCGGGAUAGACAUAAUGAGAGGAAACGUAGUAAUAGCAGGGACAGAUCUGAUAGGCGUAAACACAGGGACAAGUCUAAUGACAGAAAGCAUCACUCACAAUCUAAAAAUUAUGACCGGAAACGCAGUCGUAGUCGCAGUCACGACAGAUCCAAGUCUGAAAAACAUCGCAGUCAAAACAGAUCUAAAUCAAAGCACAAGAAAAGUCCUAAAUAUAAACGUGAAAAGUUGUCCAGAAAUAGUUGCAGUCCAGAUAGAAAUCAACGCAGUAGUUCUCAUGAAGAAAGGUGAUUUUUCUACAAAACAUACUUGCAUUUCCUGCCAACUAAUUGAAAAAAAAUCAUGUUUUGUAAAUCUGUAUAUUUGCAUAUAAACACAAAUUAUAUUCUGUAUCAGAAUCAAUUUUCCUUGCAAUAUUGCAUCUAUUGUUGCUGGCUGUGUUAUACAAUAGAUGCUUAGAUGAAACAAUGAUAUGUGUGAAGUUUUAUCUUUGACAGUUAGUACAUAUAUCCCAAAUGUGCUGGCUGGCAUGGGGGAACUGAAUAAUUACAGACA